UCCCAGAGGAUUUGCUUAUGUUCAAUAUCCUUUCUUCAGAUGGCUGAUUAGUGAGGGGUGUUGAAGUUUGAAAUUCAAGUUUAUGUAAGAGAAUGUAAAGCUGUACAGUAAUGGCGACCCCAAAGAGAAAGCAUGAAAGAACCUUUAGAGUAGAGUUCAACAAUUAAGGCAAGUAGACAAGCCAAAGACCUCUUAAGGAUCAGGCUUGAAGAGAAGGGAGAGUUUGGGAAAAGAAAAAAUAAAGAAAAGCUGGAAGAAGGACAAGCCAUAAUGGGAGACAAAGCUUCGCUUUAUCCACAAAAGGGGGAAAAGGUUGUUUUUCAAAGUAAAAGAUAAAGCCAUCUGUCAUUUUUGGCCAAGCAUCUCAUGACAAGUCCUUCUGACAAGCACUUAAAGAGUUAAAGGUCAAGAUGAAGUUGAAUGGUGGCCAAGAUUAAAGGAGUCAUACCUGAUGUAUCCUACAGAAUAACAGUUUUUCUUCUGUUUGUCAUUACCUUAACACUCACCACAUUCGAAGAUGUCCGUGAUGCAGAAGAUGCUCUCCAUAAUUUGGACCGAAAGUGGAUUUGUGGUCGGCAAAUAGAAAUCCAGUUUGCACAGGGGGAUCGGAAGACACCAAAUCAAAUGAAAGCCAAGGAGGGGAGAAACCUAUACAGUUCUUCUCGUUACGAUGACUAUGACAGAUAUAGGCGAUCUAGAAGUCGGAGUUACGAAAGGAGGCGGUCUAGAAGUCGUUCUUUUGAUUACAGCUAUAGAAGAUCGUAUAGUCCUAGAAACAGUAGACCUACUGGAAGACCUCGUCGUAGCAGAAGCCAUUCGGACAAUGAUAGGUUCAAACACCGCAAUCGAUCUUUUUCAAGAUCUAAGUCCAAUUCAAGAUCACGAUCCAAGUCACAGCCCAAGAAAGAAAUGAAGGCUAAAUCACGGUCUAGGUCUGCAUCUCACACCAAAUCUAGAGGCACCUCUAAAACAGAUUCUAAAACACACUAUAAGUCCAGCUCAAGAUAUGAAAAGGAAUCGAGAAAAAAAGAACCAGCUAGAUCCAAAUCACAGUCAAGAUCACAUUCUAGAUCUAGGUCAAAAUCUAGAUCAAGGUCAUGGACUAGUCCCAAGUCCAGUGGCCACUAACAGUGUAUCCAUGUUGUUUUUAGGCAUGUAACAUUCAUUUACACACAGUUCAGUUUACUUAAAUCAUCAGGAAUAUGAUGUUGCAACAGUGCUAAAGAAAAAAAAAAAACACCACCACCUGUCCUUUGUCAAGUUUUCCCUGUAGCAGACAAUGGUUAUAAUUAAAACAGUGUUGAGAAGCCACUGAGAGAGAGAGAGAGAGAGAGAGAGAAAGGGAGAAUGUCCACUUGGUUAAAUGUCAUGGGCAGCUACUGAUUUGGUUGUGGUGUCUCUGUAUAUUUUUGUAAAGACUUGCAUUUUUAAUGCUUAAAUAUUGGUGAUGACUUGAUUAGUCAUAAUUUGCAACACUGUCCUAUUAAAAAGUGUCAUACCCACAGAGAAAUUGAUACUAGUUUGUGCUGAACAGUUAAACCAACUGUUUAACUUGUUCUUUAAUACUAAAUUUUGUGAUAAAAUGGAAAACUGGACAGCUGUAGUGCAACACUGACUGCUGUGAAAUGCAGACUGGCAGUUACGUUUUCGUUGUUCAAAGGCAGGUUUCUGUAUUCUCUGUGCCCACCGACAAGAGUAGGUUGGUAAAUGGAGGUCUGUGGAGAGAGAGUGUUGAAAUUUCUCUUUUACCCUGCCAUCUGGAAAGAUGGUACUAACACACACAGUGCAUGGGGAGAGAGUUAGUCCUGGAAGCUUGUUCAGAGAUUGUGCAGUGUCAUGACUUGUCAGGAUAGCGGCUUCACUGCUUUUUACCUGGCUGCUAAUACUAAACAUGUGAGAGGGGAAAAAAGCCUUGAAAUGGAAAAUUAAGUUCAGAUUUCAGUGAAUGACAGAGCAACUACAUAUUAGGUUGUGUGUAUGUUUUAUGCAGUUUUUGUAUCUAUUCUAAAUUUUAGUGAGCAGUUAACCAUAAAAUUGCUUAGUUUUCCUGCUGUUAGAUACAAGUAGAUUGUUUCGAGUUGUGUGUGUACAGUAUAUAAGAACUUAACUUUUAUGCCAAUGACUCCUGUGGUUAGUUGGUGUAUUCAUAGGUAUAAAACUGUAGCCAUCUCUCUUCUUAAGUAACAAAGGCUUGCUUUUACCCAUCAAAAAGUAUUUAGUCAAGCAAGUCUGAAUCACUUUUUCCUCAGAAUGGAUAGUGGUACAAGAUUUCAUUUUACUUAAGAACAAAUGUUUGAAGUUGGAUAUGAACAAGAGCUGCAUCUCUAGCUAUUUAGUUUAUCACUAAUACAGUAUAUUUAGUAACUUGAUUGUGAAAAAUAACAAAACCAGUGUGUACUCUUACCAGUAUUUCUCUAGAAGGCAAGAUAUUUUGUUACAAAAAUGGCUUUUGGCAUUGUUUUUUUUUUUUCUAUUUACCUUCAAAAGCCAGCAUCACACACUUAGUGUUCCUUGCUGUCUAUGUAGUAGCAUAUAAAGACAUUUGUUUAAAAAAAAAUCCUUUUUAGAGAAAUGUUUUAGGUUUUGGUUUUAAUGUUUUCAGCAGGGCCUUUGAAGAAAUGCAGAUGGCUUUUAAAUAUUGGCAGUGGAACGUGCUUAGGGGGGUGAUUCUAGAACCUUUGUAUAUUUGAUAGUAUUUCUAACUUUUUCUUUACUGUUUGCAGUUAAUGUUCAUGUUCUGCUAUGCAAUCAUUUAUAUGCACGUUCCUUUAAUUUUGUAGACUUUCCUGGAUGUAUAGUUUAAAAACAACAAAAAGUCUAUUUAAAACUGUAGCAGUAGUGUGCAGCUCUAGCAGAGGAAAGUUGUGGGAUUAAACUUUGUAUUUCCUUUCUUAUAGAGGCUUCUAAAAAGGUAUUUUUAUAUGUUCUUUUUAACGAAUAUUGUGUACUACCUUUAAAACAUCAAUGUUUUGAUCAAAAUAACUAAAGACCCAGCUUAUUUUCUGCUUGCUGUAAAUUUAGCAAACAUGCUGUAAUAAAAAAAAUGAAGGAAAUACUGAUCCACUGGAAUUAUUGUAGCUUUAGAAUUUGACUCCAGAGCAUUGUUAGGGGUAGAGCUACGCAUCCCUUAUGGAGUAAAAUCCUUAGUAUGGUAUUUCAGUAAAGUCAGGAAUUUGUUUGUCUGAGUAAAUAUCACUUCACAUUUUUAAAGGGGGUACUAGAGAAAAUAAGGCUGAUGAGCAAAUGUUUUAGUUUUCAAUAUACUGAAAUUUCUGUUCACAUUCAUUAUUGAUGGAUAGACUUCUCUAUGAUUAUAAUUUAGAUAGUGCUAGCUAGGUUGCAAACUGCUAAAAUCAGCAAUUGAAGAUUCAUAUUGAGUCUAAUUUCUAGGUAAUAGCUCAUCAUUUUACAUUUGUUUUAUCAAAAACUGCACCAGCUGUGAUUCUUCAGCAGGUUGUAGACAUUUUUUGGUGUAUAGAGUUUGAGCUGCCUCCUGGUGCUAGAGGUACAUAUAACUUGAUCUUUUUAUGCCACUGAAUGAGAACAAUUCUGAAGAACACUUUAAUGGUUUGAUAAAUCCUAUCUUGUACUUUUUAAGUUGAGCUCUGAUUGUCUGCUAGUUGAUUUCUAUAAAAAUGGUUUGUAACAGGGGAAAAACCCACCCUUUUCAGCAUCUUUAAAUAAUACAGUAUUCAGAACUAAAAUCUGACUUAAAUGGUCCACCUGGCUGUCUCUUGGGAUAAUGUGGUUACAGAAGCUGGCGUGUUUUGGUCAGCAACCUGCAAAGGAUUGUUGUGAUCAAUGUUCACAUGUCAGUCCAGCCAGAGUUACAGCUGGUUUGGUGGGGAGGAGGGAACAGGACAUCAUGUCCAGGCUGAGAUCCUAACUUCUGACUGCAGAGUAAUAGUAACAUACCUUAACGAUUUUGUCGUCAUGUCCUUAUAUUGUGUGCCUCUAAAUUUAUGUAUAGCACAGUUUAAAUUUUUUGUUUUGAAAAUCCAAUUCAUUGCAAGUAUAAUGUAGUAUCUGACAGUUCUGAUGGUUCUUUCUUUCUC